GCAAAUAACCGAGUGCGUUUGCUUUCCUAGGGGAAAAGGAUCCUGUAAAAAUCCACAUCAUGGACGACGAGGAGUACGAACGUUUCGAAAUAACGGAUCACGAUCUGGAUAACGAGUUUAACCCGAACCGCGGGCGACGUCGUCCCACAAAGAACCAGCAAAUCUACGGCAUUUGGGCGGACGAUUCAGAGAACGAGUAUGACGAUGGGGAGGGCACCUCGAGUGGACGCCGGGGAGGCCGGAACCGUGCGAUGGCUGGUAAGAAACCAAAGGACUAUACCGCCCCGAUCGGAUUCAUUGCCGGAGGGAUUCAACAGUCCGGAAAGAAGCCGGAAGAGAAGAAGAAAAGUGCAGACGAUGAUGAUGACGACGACGGCGAGGAUCAACGGGCACGAUUUGGUGCGAAAGUGUCGCACAGUAGCAACAGCUCGUCCGAAUCGGAAGAGGAAAGACGACCGAACGUUCAGGACAUGCGCUCGAUGGCUGGAUUUAGAACGCUGAACAAAGCUCCGGCUGCCGGGAAAAAUAUGGCCAACUGGGAGCAGCACACGAAAGGCAUCGGUGCAAAGUUACUGCUGCAGAUGGGCUACCAGCCGGGCAAGGGUUUGGGGAAGGAAUUGCAGGGUAUCUCGGCCCCGAUCGAGGCGCACCUUAGGAAAGGCCGUGGAGCGAUCGGUGCAUAUGGCCCGGAGAAGAAAACGAUCGUGGUCGAUGCGAAGGCGAAACAGAAGCUAGAGCAAGAUGCCAAAGCACUUGCGGCAGGGAAGGACGAAGACGGCCAGCAGUGGCGCAAAGCGAAGGAAGGAGGGAAGCAGGGCAAGAACCGAUACUUUUACAAAACCGUGGAGGAUGUAAUCGAGAAGGGUAAAAAAUCAAUCUACUCUCCGUUUGAGAAAAACUCCAAGCUAAGCAAGGUGACGGUCAUCGAUAUGACGGGACCGGAAAAGCGUGUCCUCAGCGGAUACCAUGCGCUUGGGCAGGCCAAGGUGGCUGAUGAGGAACUCUACGAUACAUCAAUCGGAAGCAAACCGGCACAGAGCAAGGAGGAAGUGCACUUUGCUCUACCGGAACUGAUGCACAAUCUAAAUCUUAUGGUGGAAUACUGCGAGCAGGAUAUUAUAGCGAUCGAUAAACAAAAGUGUGAGGCCAUCGACCGCGAAGAGCAGCUGGUGCAGGAAAAGGAAAAUCUGAUUCGUAUAAGUAAGCUAGAGAAGGACUACCUAAACACGUUGGAGGGUGCCCUGGAACUGGUACGAGCCCUAGUUGAACCAACCGAUGGGGCGCUCGAGCUAGAGGAGUGUGAGAAAAUCUUCCUCCGCCUCUACUCUGACUAUCCGGCCGAAUGCAAAGAGUUCGGGUUGUCCGAUUUGGCUGCGGGCGUAGUUGCUCCCCUCAUUGCCAGUCGUCUGAAGGAAUGGCACCCAUUUACGGAACCUACACGCCACCUAGAUCUGUUUAAACGUUGGAAAUCAAUUCUUGGGUCAUCAAAUUCCGAUAACAUCAGCAGUCUGCUCGAUCCAUACUCGGCCGUCGUUUGGACUGGAGUAAUUCCGAGUAUCCGUGCCGCCGCAAACAUCUGGAACCCGCGGGUGCACCAACCGAUGAUUGCCCUUCUGGACGCGUGGGCUCCACUGUUGCCCGCUUGGAUACUGGACAACGUGCUCGAACAGAUCGUUCUCGCCAAGCUCACGACAGCCGUCGUCGAGUGGGAUCCACUGACCGAUACCGUACCCAUUCAUUGCUGGAUUCAUCCCUGGAAGGAUCUGCUUGGCUCUAAAAUGGAGGGAAAUGUGUACCCGAUGAUACGGGAAAAGCUUGCCAAAGCACUGAAGGCUUGGCAUCCGGAGGAUCGAUCGGCCCGCGCUAUGCUGACUCCGUGGCAGGGCGUUUUCGGUGAGGAAGAUUUGCAGGUGUUCCUAACGAAAAACAUCAUUCCGAAGUUGGAGCUGCGACUGACCGAGGUAGUGAUCAAUCCGCUCCAGCAAGAUCUGGAAAUGUUCAAUCAGGUGUGGGAGUGGAACGAACUCAUCUCUCCGCUGCAAAUGGCGAACAUGCUGGACAAAUAUUUCUUCCCAAAAUGGCUCCAAACGCUCGUCAUAUGGCUGAACCAGUCGCCCAACUUCGACCAAGUGUCCCGGUGGUACCAGGGUUGGAAGGCACAAUUCACCGACGACAUCGUACGCCAACCGAACGUCAAGGAAAGCUUCCGCAAGGCGUUGGAGCUGAUGCAACGAUCGAUCGGUAUCGUCGCAGGUGGUCAGAGUGGUUCAAACUCGCCCACCCCGAUCGAACCGAUACCACCACCACCUGCACCACCGUCACUGUUGGACUUGCCCAUGGACGCCCAGCCGACGCUCGAGUUCAAGGAGCUCGUCUCGCAAAAGUGCGCCGAACGUGGUAUUAUCUUUGCUCCGAUGCCGGGACGAAGGGAGCUGGGCAAACAGGUGUAUCGCGUUGGGAAACUGUUUUGCUACAUAGACCGAUCGGUGUGCAUCGUGAGUUUGGAUGGUGGUGUCAAUUGGACUCCAAUAUCGCUCUCGGCGCUCCUCGAAAGGGCUGUGACGGGAUAAAUUAUUUUCAAGAAACUUAAAUAAAACACUAAGUAGAACGAUGAUUUCC